AUGGAGCCGUCCAGUGCACCUGGUGCUGAUCUGUCCGAUCUUUACUCCGUGAUCCCUUUCAAUGUUACCUUCCCGGACGAUGCGAUGGGAUUCGUGCCAGACGGUAGAAAUUACACAGAGCAAAACCCCGUUAAGAGCCCAGCAGGGAUCAUUAUGGCCAUCUCCAUCACGGCUCUCUACUCUGUGAUAUGCGUAGUUGGACUGCUUGGGAACAUCCUUGUAAUGUAUGGUGUGGUGAGAUACACCAAGAUGAAAACCGCAACCAACAUUUACAUCUUUAACCUGGCUUUAGCCGACGCUCUGGCAACAAGCACACUACCCUUCCAGAGUGCCAAGUAUCUGAUGAACACCUGGCCAUUUGGUGAACUCAUGUGCAAAGUGGUCAUUGCUAUUGAUUACUACAACAUGUUCACCAGCAUCUUCACCCUCACGAUGAUGAGUGUGGACCGUUACAUCGCCGUGUGCCACCCCGUUAGGGCUCUUGAGUUCCGCACACCCCUCAAGGCCAAAAUCAUCAACGUUUGUGUCUGGAUCCUCUCCUCCGCCAUUGGCGUUCCCAUUAUGAUCAUGGCAGUUACCAAGGUGACAGACCAAGGCAAGACGUUCUGCAUGCUGAAGUUUCCAGACCCAGACUGGUACUGGGACACAGUGACCAAGAUCUGUGUGUUCAUCUUCGCCUUUGUGGUGCCAGUUUUAGUUAUCACCAUCUGCUACGGUCUGAUGAUCUUACGCCUGAGGAGUGUCCGACUCCUGUCUGGGUCCAAAGAGAAGGACAGGAACAUGCGCCGAAUCACGCGUAUGGUCUUAGUGGUGGUAGCAGCUUUCAUUAUUUGCUGGACGCCCAUUCACAUCUUCAUAAUCAUCAAAACCCUGGUGGACAUCGACCAAAAGAAUCCUUUCGUCAUUGCCAGCUGGCACCUGUGCAUUGCGUUGGGGUACACCAACAGCAGUUUAAACCCCGUUCUCUACGCCUUCUUGGAUGAGAACUUCAAGAGGUGCUUUAGGGACUUCUGCCUACCCUUCCGCACCCGGGCAGACAGGAACAGCUUGUCCAGAGCCCGGAAUGCGACCCGUGAGCCUGUGUCGGUCUGCGCACCAUCAGAGGCUGAGAAGAAGCCGGUAUGA